GGUGGGGCCCGUGAGCCCCCUCUCCAGCUGUCCUGCAUGUCCUUGGGCUGCUGCAUGUGUGUGUGUGUGACCUUGGGGCUGGGAUGACCAGAGGAAAUGGCAGCCUUGGCUCUCAGAGUUCCUUUGAUGUGUGCAAGGACAUCUGGCUCAGUGUCCAGGCCCAGGUAGCACUGAUUAGUGACAAUUUCCCCCUGCCCCAAGACUCCAGGUCAUAGACUCCCCAGUCAAAGACUAUUAGCAUUUAACUAUAAAUAGCAGCAGCAUGAAAUAGAGCAUCUACUGAGUUACUGUGGGUUCUCACUUAGCCAGAGCUUGGGGGGCCAUGGGAGAGUAGACUCAGGAAUGAGACUGGAGAAAGUACCAAGUGAGAUGAUUGUGCAAGGAGACAGGUCAGGGAACAGAGCACAGGAAGAACAGUCCUGAGUUGGAAAGCCUGAGAGUCUUCUUGUGCCUGCCUCUGGGUGGGUGCUGCCAUAAACACCCACCUCCACUCUGCCCUAUCACCCUUUCAUUGCCUUCUCCUUCCUCUGGUGGUGUGCCUGAGGCCUACAUCCUACCCCCUGCAGCCUUCCAUCAACUGUCAUUGGAGUGGGGCUCAACUGUGCCACCUCCCCUCCCCACCACAGACUUUUUUAAACUCUUAAAUUGCUGCCAUGGCCACUUCCUCACACCAGCUCCUGCUGUGGACCUCUGCCCAAGCUGUCUGUGACCUGCAUGUUCCUGUCUGACCCGUACCUACUGUGCUGUAUGUACAACACUGUGAUUUCCUUGUUGCCAGUCUGUCUCAGGCGUUUGUGACAUUGCAUGGAGAACUGCUGGUUUGGGGCAAUUGGAAGGGAGAGGAAAAUAUCUUCUUUUAGAUUCCUGAUUGAUGAUGGGUCCUCACUUUGGAGUCAUGCCAUGGUAGAAAGGACAUGCUGAUAUUCGCUUUGGUGCCUGGCUCUGGGUUGGAAUGGGGGCAUGUAAGGAAAACAAUGGUGUAAAGGUUGCCAGCCCCAUUCCGGAGUCAUAAAAACUUGGUUUUGUCCCUUGAUUAUUGUCUCCUGGUUGGGGCUCCUAUCUCACCUCGGGCUCCUGAAUAGAGAAGAGCAUGAAACUAUAGUCUGAUAUUUAUGGAGAAGUUUUGGCCAUUGCCUGACCUGACCCUGGGCUGGGACCUAAGUAUGCCCAAAUCCUGGGGCUUUGGCAGCUACCUGAGAAAAUGUGUCAAAGCCCAGCCUAGGCUGCCCAUGCCACCUUUCUGUACUCACGGUGGAAAGUGUCAGUCAAAUAGUUGAAUGCCCCUUGUCUCUAGUCUUCCUCACAAUGGUUCUCACAAAGCAGAUCACUUAGCACAGGGCCUCUGCUCUCACCCAUGUGGAAUGGGAAGCCAGUUCCAGAGCAAAAGAGCAUGCUUUGAAGGGGAGGGCAGAAGAGAACCUGGAUGUCUCAGCUAAGUGCUCAGUUCUUUCUGGAAGCCCUUUAGAAACAGGCUUUAACUUUUCACAAUCAGGGGAUGGUUGGGAGAGAAGCCCACCCACUGUCAUUAGAGCUGCUACUACCCAGAUGGAAUGUUUGCUAGGGUUUAUUAAUCACUAUGUAUGCUUCUCAGAGCCGAAGCCUGUUGCUAAAGGGGCACUCUAGAUGUGUGUGCCAGAAAAGAGACCAUAAGGAUGUUUCCAGGGUGUAUAAAAGACAAGUGGAGUUGAUGGGAUUGUGGGGGCUACAGAGUGUGAGCAGGGAGGCCCUGUGUCUCCGCACAGGAUGCCCUGGCUCCAUAAGCGUCAUGUCUGGGAUGGCUCCUGGCCUAGUUUUUUGGGGCAAGCUCUUGGGGGUGGGCAAGGGAAGAGAGAGAGGAGCCACAACCUGUUCUUUGGAAGAAGCAUCAAGGCCGGCUCUGCGCAUGACUUUGUCGAGUCAGAAGAGGAGGAGGAGCCAGCAGAGCCCUGGGCAGUUGCUAGGUGACUGAGGAGCAGUGGCUCCACCCCCAUGGAGCAGAGGAGGGUGGGUGCAUGACGUCAGGUGGAGCUGGUGCUGCGGCCACUGAGGCUGCCAUCAGCCUAAGCUGGCGAACUGGGCCAGGCGCCGCUCCGCCCUGGUGCCUGCCGGAGACUGGUGGUCCCGCUGCGCAUCUGCAGGGGCCUCUGUGUCAGAGCGGCAGCCGUUUGCAGGCUGGGAAGCUGCUGCACCGGGAAGCUGAGGCUGCAUUGUUGGGAUUUGAUGCACUAAUCUCCUGUCUCCGCCGCCUUUCCCUCUGUUCGGUCUCUUUCCCUCCCUCCCUUCGUCUGUCCUUCCUCUGUGUGUUUGUCUAUCCUCCUCUAUCCCUCCUUCUCUUUCCUCUCCUUGCUUUCUUUGGUUUUCUGCAAUGAUGAGACAGGCACCGACAGCCCGAAAGACCACAACUCGGCGGCCCAAGCCCGCCCGCCCAGCCAGUACCGGGGUGUCUGGAGCCAGUAGCUCUCUGGGCCCCUCUGGCUCAGCAUCAGCAGGUGAGCUGAGCAGCAGUGAGCCCAGCACCCCAGCUCAGACUCCGCUGGCAGCACCCAUCAUCCCCACACCGGUUCUCACCUCUCCUGGAGCGGCCCCCCCGCUUCCUUCUCCCUCCAAGGAGGAAGAGGGACUGAGGGCCCAGGUGCGAGACCUAGAGGAGAAACUGGAGACCCUGCGUCUGAAGCGGGCAGAAGACAAGGCAAAGCUGAAAGAGCUGGAGAAACACAAGAUCCAGCUGGAGCAGGUGCAGGAAUGGAAGAGCAAAAUGCAGGAACAGCAGGCAGACCUACAGCGGCGCCUCAAGGAGGCGCGGAAGGAAGCCAAGGAGGCCCUGGAGGCAAAGGAACGCUACAUGGAAGAGAUGGCUGACACUGCUGAUGCCAUUGAGAUGGCCACUCUGGACAAGGAGAUGGCUGAAGAGCGGGCUGAGUCUCUGCAGCAGGAGGUGGAGGCACUGAAGGAGCGUGUGGACGAGCUCACCACUGACUUGGAGAUCCUCAAGGCCGAGAUUGAAGAGAAAGGCUCAGAUGGGGCCGCAUCCAGUUAUCAGCUGAAGCAGCUCGAGGAGCAAAACGCCCGUCUGAAGGAUGCACUGGUGAGGAUGAGGGAUCUUUCUUCUUCGGAGAAGCAGGAGCAUGUGAAGCUCCAGAAGCUCAUGGAAAAGAAGAACCAAGAGCUAGAAGUUGUGAGGCAACAGCGGGAGCGUCUGCAGGAGGAGCUGAGCCAGGCAGAGAGCACCAUUGAUGAGCUUAAGGAGCAGGUGGAUGCUGCUCUGGGUGCUGAGGAGAUGGUGGAGAUGCUGACAGAUCGGAACCUGAAUCUGGAGGAGAAAGUGCGGGAGUUGAGGGAGACUGUGGGGGACUUGGAAGCGAUGAAUGAGAUGAACGAUGAGCUGCAGGAGAAUGCACGUGAGACAGAACUGGAGCUGCGGGAGCAGCUGGACAUGGCUGGUGCUCGAGUGCGCGAGGCCCAGAAGCGUGUGGAGGCAGCCCAGGAGACAGUUGCAGACUACCAGCAAACCAUUAAGAAGUACCGCCAGCUGACUGCUCAUCUACAGGACGUGAAUCGGGAACUGACAAACCAGCAGGAAGCGUCUGUGGAGAGGCAGCAGCAGCCUCCUCCAGAGACUUUUGACUUCAAAAUCAAGUUUGCUGAGACUAAGGCUCAUGCCAAGGCAAUUGAGAUGGAAUUGAGGCAGAUGGAGGUGGCCCAGGCCAACCGACACAUGUCCCUGCUGACAGCUUUCAUGCCUGACAGCUUCCUUCGGCCUGGUGGGGACCAUGACUGCGUCCUGGUGCUGCUGCUCAUGCCUCGUCUCAUUUGCAAGGCAGAGCUUAUCCGGAAGCAGGCCCAGGAGAAGUUUGAACUAAGUGAGAACUGUUCAGAGCGGCCUGGGCUGCGAGGAGCUGCAGGGGAGCAGCUCAGCUUUGCUGCUGGGCUGGUAUACUCGCUGAGUCUGCUGCAGGCCACACUACACCGCUAUGAGCAUGCCCUGUCUCAGUGCAAUGUGGAUGUGUAUAAAAAAGUGGGCAGCCUCUACCCUGAGAUGAGUGCCCACGAGCGUUCCUUGGAUUUCCUUAUUGAGCUCCUGCACAAGGAUCAGCUGGAUGAAACUGUCAAUGUGGAGCCUCUCACCAAGGCCAUCAAGUACUACCAGCAUCUGUAUAGCAUCCACCUUGCCGAACAGCCUGAGGACAGUACCAUGCAGCUGGCUGACCACAUAAAGUUCACCCAGAGUGCCCUGGACUGCAUGGGUGUGGAGGUAGGACGGCUGCGUGCCUUCUUGCAGGGUGGGCAGGAGGCUACAGAUAUUGCCCUCUUGCUGCGGGACCUGGAAACAUCGUGCAGUGACAUCCGCCAGUUCUGCAAGAAGAUCCGAAGACGAAUGCCAGGGACGGAUGCUCCUGGAAUCCCAGCUGCACUGGCCUUUGGACCACAGGUAUCUGACACACUCCUAGACUGCAGGAAACACUUGACUUGGGUAGUGGCUGUGCUGCAGGAGGUGGCAGCAGCUGCUGCUCAGCUCAUUGCCCCGCUGGCGGAGAAUGAAGGCCUGCCUGUGGCUGCCCUGGAGGAGUUGGCUUUCAAAGCAAGCGAGCAGAUCUAUGGGACCCCCUCCAGCAGCCCCUAUGAGUGUCUGCGCCAGUCAUGCAACAUUCUCAUCAGUACCAUGAACAAGCUGGCCACAGCCAUGCAAGAGGGGGAGUAUGAUGCAGAGCGGCCUCCUAGUAAGCCUCCCCCAGUUGAGCUGCGGGCUGCAGCCCUUCGUGCAGAGAUCACAGAUGCUGAAGGCCUGGGUUUGAAGCUUGAAGAUCGAGAGACAGUUAUCAAGGAGUUGAAGAAGUCACUCAAGAUUAAGGGAGAGGAGCUGAGUGAGGCCAAUGUGAGGCUGAGCCUCCUAGAGAAGAAGCUCGACAGUGCUGCCAAGGAUGCAGAUGAGCGCAUCGAGAAAGUCCAGACUCGGCUGGAGGAGACCCAGGCGCUGCUGCGGAAGAAGGAGAAAGAGUUUGAGGAGACAAUGGAUGCGCUCCAGGCUGACAUUGACCAGCUGGAAGCAGAGAAGGCAGAGCUAAAGCAGCGGCUGAACAGCCAGUCCAAGCGUACAAUCGAGGGGCUACGGGGGCCCCCUCCUUCAGGCAUUGCUACCCUGGUCUCUGGCAUUGCUGGUGGGGGCGCCCCUGGGCAGGCUCCGGGAUCCAUGCCAGGCCCUGGGCUGGUGAAGGACUCACCACUGCUGCUUCAGCAGAUCUCUGCUAUGAGGCUGCACAUCUCCCAGCUCCAGCAUGAGAACAGCGUACUCAAGGGAGCCCAGAUGAAGGCAUCCUUGGCAGCCCUGCCCCCCUUGCAUGUUGCAAAGUUAUCCCUCCCACCCCACGAAGGCCCUGGCGGUGAGCUAGCAGCUGGAGCACUGUAUCGUAAGACCAGCCAGCUGCUGGAGACAUUGAAUCAGCUGAGCACACACACCCAUGUAGUAGACAUCACUCGCACCAGCCCUGCAGCCAAGAGCCCGUCAGCCCAGCUUAUGGAACAAGUGGCUCAGCUUAAGUCCCUGAGUGACACCAUCGAGAAACUCAAGGAUGAGGUCCUCAAGGAGACAGUGUCUCAGCGUCCCGGAGCCACAGUACCCACUGAUUUUGCCAUCUUCCCUUCAUCAGCCUUCCUCAGGGCCAAAGAGGAGCAGCAGGAUGACACAGUCUACGUGGGCAAAGUGAGCUUCUCAUGUGCAGCUGGUCUCGGACAGCGACACCGGCUGGUGCUGACCCAGGAGCAGCUGCACCAGCUUCACAGUCGCCUCAUCUCCUAAGCACUCCUCCCCCCUUUGUCCCCUUCAACCCUCAUUCCCCUGGUGCCACUCUGCCUGAUGCACAGCCACCUCGGCCAGCCUACAGGUAGAACCAUGUGGGCUAAGCUCUUCCUGCCCCAUUCACUUCACUCUCUCCCUGUCGGUGCCCUGCCCUGCCCUGGGUUCCCUCGUUCCCAUUCCUGACCUCUGCCAUAAUUUGAUGUUCAGCUGCUCCCUCCUUCCUGAGGGGCCUCAGGGCAUGUGGGGGGUAGGCUGAGACCCCACCACCAAAGGUUGAGUGAGGUCCCCCUGAUUGAGGACUUCACCCCUUGAUUAAAGCAACUUCUGCUUCAUUG